CUUGAGCUUCUUCUUUAGAGCGCGGUUUCGUCUUUGUAUCUUCUGCCAGCCUGAUGGACGAUACUUCUCAAUUUUCUGCUAGUCUUCGGUAUAUUUAAGAUACCUACCUACUAGAUGCUUAUGAAGUUCAAGAAACCAUUUUCUCUCCGAAAGAAGAAGGCCGAUAAUAGUCAAGAUGACCCCCCGGACGUCCGUGAAAGCCAAGAUGACGCGACCCGCGUAAAGCUAAAGCCGCUACGCACAUCUACCACCGUCAAUGCUCAACUUCAAGAUCGAUUACCGAGCGGCAGCCUUGGUGCUAUCCAUACGAAAUCCAUAGAAAGCGACAUUACUCCCUCCUUAGAAACCUCGACGACAUAUCGCGGAUUUGGAGCGUCUAUUAAGGAUCCGCUUGGGCUUAAAGUUGUCUAUCGACCUGCUGGGCAACGUCGAGCGGACAUAAUCUUCGUUCAUGGACUGGGUGGGAGUAGUCGCAUGACAUGGUCCUACGAACGUAAUCUGGACUUCUUUUGGCCUUUGAAAUUCUUGCCACUGGAGCCAGACAUUCGUGAUGCGCGAAUCCUGACUUUUGGAUACAAUGCGAACUUCCGUCCAGGUAGCGGCAAGAAUAAAUUGUCCAUUCUUGACUUUGCCAAAGAUCUUUUGUUUGACCUGAAGCAUGCCCAAGAUGAAUCCGGACCAGACCUAGAAGAUUUAGGCAUGGGAGAGCGGCCUAUUAUAUUCGUGGUACAUUCUAUGGGUGGGCUUAUCGUAAAAGAGGCGUAUGUGCAAGGACAAAAUGACCCGGCCUAUGAGUCCAUUAUCAAGGCUGUCUCGUCCGUCGUCUUUCUUUCAACACCGCAUCGCGGUACCAACCUAGCCGAUACCCUAAAUCGCAUCUUGCAGGUAUCCUUCGUUGCUAGUCCCAUGCAAUUUAUUGCUGAACUUGCAGUUGGUUCGCAAACUCUACAGAAACUCAACGAGCAGUUCCGACAUGCAGCUCCGAAGUUGCAGAUUGUGUCGUUUUACGAGACCCGUCCUACUACCAUGUUCAAGAAGACCCAGAUAAUGGUUCUAGAGAAAGAUUCAUCCGUUUUAGGUUAUCCUGAGGAGAUUUCCAAACCUCUCGACGCGGACCAUCAUGGAGUUUGUAAAUAUGCAAGCCCGGAUGACCCGUCUUACAUCGCUGUGAGGAACAUGCUCAGGACAUUGAUGGCGAAAGACAAGACGAAUCAUAAGUUAAUCGAUUCGCUUCGACCCAUUCCUCCAGAUGCCAGGUUAUUAUCAGAUCAACCUAAGACAGACGCCGCACCUGUUGUUAGUUUCGAGGAAUAUCUUUCCAUCUCCGAAUCCCCUGAUGCAGAUUAUAAUUUCUUCCGCGACCGAUGGACUCCAGGUACCUGUUCGUGGAUUGAACGCAAUGAUACAUUCAAUGUGUGGUUGGAAGAUACAUCUCAUAAGCCCCGAGUGUUGUGGAUUAACGGCAAUGCUGCGACUGGAAAGUCCAUUUUAUCUUCCUUCAUCAUCAACCACCUUGCUCAGCUUGGCCUACCUUGUCAAUAUUUUUUCAUUCGAUUCAUGUCCGAAGAAAAGCGAGGGAUGAGCAUGUUGCUACGGUCCCUAGCAUGUCAACUCGCAAACUCAACACCAGAAUAUGGAGAUAAACUUCGUCAGCUUGAGGCUGCUACUACGGAUCUGAAAACGGCAGAAUAUCGAACUAUCUGGCAGUGGCUGUUCAAGCGGACACUGUUCAACUUGGAUUGUAAAUACCCUCUUUACUGGAUUAUUGAUGGCGUGGACGAGGCAGAUCUACCGGCAGCGUUAAUUCGACUUUUAUCAGAGCUUGACCAGACUACCAUUCCCCUCCGUGUCUUAAUCGUGGGCCGCAAGACUCAUGAGAUCUCAUUAGCGUUCCAGAAACUUUCUAAGCAAGUACAAGCAGACACCAUACAGACUGAAGGGAACCCCGUUGAUUUUCGAACUUACAUCAAUUACGAAAUGGGCCUAGCAGGCGACGCGACAUAUAUAGAGGAUACAUGUAAUGGACUGCUCAGUCGUGCCAACGGUAAUUUUCUAUGGUUACACUUGGCCGUCCAAACAAUGAACACCUGUUACACGAGACUAGAUGUCGAGAAAGCCUUGGAAGAACUUCCCUCUGGAAUGGAAGCUCUAUAUGACCGGAUGGCCGUAUCUGUUCAGUCUCAGCCAAAUGUCAACAAUCGAAAUCUCGGUUUUAAUAUCCUGGGGUGGGCCACUUGUGCUCGACGGUUAUUGAGUGUUGAUGAGCUUGGUGAUGCCUUGGAGGGUGAUGGCGUUCUUGAAAUUCAUAGGACGAUAAGAGAUCUUUGUGGUGGGUUUAUUGCCGUCGAUCAAGAGAACAAGGUCGCUUUAGCCCAUGAAACGGCUCGAGAGUAUUUGGUACGCGAAGACAAAGGUCAGGGAUCGCUAGUCAUUGAUACUCGUGUCACCAACGACAUGAUAUUUAGGGGGUGUAUAACGCGGCUGACAGAUACGAAUCUACGAAGCCAGAUUAACCGCGGCCGACCUCCUGCGCUCCUGGGAUAUGCCGUGACUUCAUGGUCCCACCAUCUUGUCUCGGGAUCUAUCACUGACUCCAAAAUAUUGAAGAUCAUCCUUAAAUUCCUUAAGAGUCCACACGUGCUCACUUGGAUUCAUGCUGCCGCCAAAGCAAAAGAGCUUAGAUCUUUGGUGACUGCUUCUCGCCACUUGGUAGAAGUCGCCUCCAAAUUGAAAGGCAUGGGAGAUGGAUACUCUUCUACCCAUCGUCGGACUGCCGCGAUAAUUGAAGGCUGGGCUACAGACUUCGUCAAGAUCGUUGGGAAAUUUGGUAAUAAUUUAAGACAGCACCCUGAUUCAGUUUACAAGCUCAUACCCCCGUUCUGCCCCAAAGACUCUAUGAUAUAUCAAGAAUUUGGUCGCAAAGAAAGCCGGUCACUUCUCAUUUCCGGAACUACACAAACUGGCUGGGAUGAUUGCCUCGCCCGUUUUACUUUAGCUCCAGGUGCCAUGGCUUCCUCAGUGAUCACCGCUGGUAAUAGAAUUGCACUUCUCGCCGUAAUUCGAAAUAUAAGUCAUAUCAUCAUCUACAAUGCAGCUACAUUCGAAGAACAACGUCGAAUAACCCACCCCGAGCGCGUUUCGAGCAUUCAAAGCAAUAAGCUUGGCGAUCUUCUUAUCAGCUGUGGUUACAUAACGACGAGACUAUGGAAUGUGGCAACAGGAAAGUGUCUUAAAACCAUUAAAAACCCAUCAAAGCAUAUACGGCCACUGAGCAUCAUAUUUGACGAGAAAAGCCAGGUCGUUAUAGUGUGUUUCGAAGAUAGAUCUAUCAGAACGGUUUCUUUUGAGGAUGACGGUGUAGAGCAGUGGGAGCUACAGGUGCAAAUUGACGAGCAAAAACUCGACGGUUCUAUACUUAACUUCCCUGUUACCGCCGCUAUCAGCCCCGAUGGGAAUCAGAUCGCAUUUGGGUACCGUAACCAUCCUGCGACAGUCUGGGAGCUGGAACCGUCUAUGUUGAUCGGGCAGUGUAUGAGGCCCCUGAAUGCACGUGGCGAAGUAUUCCAGGUGACGUGGCAUCCGCACUCUGGCGAAGUUAUUGGCCUCACUCAGGUGGGACUCCUGUUCAUUUGGGAUCCCUAUGAAGAGGAGGCCAGCGCGACUGCCCACAUUGGUGCAAAAACCAUCACUGUUAAUGCAGACGGCUCUCUUAUAGCUGCUGGAUCGACACUUGGCAUAGUCAAAGUUUACUCGACUGCAGACUUAUCAGUAUUGUACCAGCUGGCAUCACAGAAUUCUGUUUUCAAUAUCUGCUUUAGUGCCGACUCCAAAAGACUGUAUGACAUCCGAGGGUCGUAUGGUAACAUAUGGGAACCUGAUACUUUGGUUCAUCUCGCCGAUUGCUCCGAUCAUAGCAGUACCAGUGACUCUCGUACCGAGAUCGAAAGUGUCGCUAAAUUGUCUCUUGACUCUGAACGUCGCGUACCCGAACUAGACAACAUUAACGCCUUAUCUGGCCAGUCAGUCGGCCCGCUGUAUUGUUAUGGGACAGAUAAUGGCGUCGCUUUUCUAUGCGAAACAGGGCGAGGCAAAAUUUCCGAGUUAGAGAGACCGAAAAACUCAACGCCUAUCGGACAAAUAGCUUGGACGGAGGAUGGACGUCUGCUUGCGCUUGUUUGGUUCGGUGGAAGUCUCGCGGUAAAAAGAAUAACUCGCUCCUCUGAAUCUCCGAGUUCCUGGCAGGUGGAAGCUCACACCACUAUUGUUAUCUCACAAGAACAGGGACAUAUUAACCAGCUCAUAUUCCACCCUACCGGCCAAAAGCUGCUCAUAUGUACAUCGGCGGUUCUUUUCUUAUUAGAUCUGGAAUCUCGAUCAUUGAUGGAAUCUCGGCUCGAAUCGCCGAUGUUAAAUGUGAAGUGGACAAACCACCCAACAGUCGCAGAUACCCUGUUGGGAUUUGGAAAUACUAAAAUGCAUGUCUUCAGCUGGGUUGACCUGCGAGAACGCGAGGUGCGCAAUUAUUCACCACCAAGGAUUACAAGAUCCUCGACGACCCCAGCCCCAUCUCUACAAGAGCGUAUAGACGGUUUUAAGAUGGAUCGUGAAAUUCUGGGCAGGUUGAUAUCUUGCGCCGGCUUCCCGUAUAUCCUUCUUGAAAUAUGGUCAAAGACUUCUGCGGGCCUUCUAGAGAGCCAAUAUCUACUCUUUGACACAGAUGACAUGCAGCGUCCCCUAGAAGAAGAACCAAGCCAAGAUCCUUUACUUUUUCCUUAUACCCUUUUGCCAGAGGAGGUUUCCGCCCGAAUACGCGAGCCACUCGCAUUCCUACCAGGAAGAAGGCUUGCUUUCCUCGACACUGGCAGGUGGAUUUGCACUUGGCGCAUACCAGUCCCUGGUCUACCUGUACUUCCGGUCUCGCAGAAUUAUGGUUCGGGAGUCACUGGGUUGGAGAAGUAUUACUUCCUUCCUGAGGACUGGGUUACGAGUAAUGAAACAUGGCUAUGCACCAUGACUACUGAUGGGACCUUGCUUUGUCCAAGAAACGGAGAUAUAGCCACCGUCCAGGCUGCAAGGCUGCACAAGUAAGGAACAAGAAAUCAUAUUGGGGAUAUUGACAUCACAAGAUCAACUCAUCCACUCCAUUGGCAUAUGCAUAUACCCGCUAACAUAGGUACUCGUCGUCUCAUAAAACCAUUUAUUUUAUAUAUACCUCUUGUCUGUGUCUGCUGUUAUGUGCCACUAGGGUUGGUCGAGAUGUUUAGCAUUGCAAAUCUCCAAAAGUAGCUAAAAAUAUUCCGUCACGUUAUUUGAAAUCUAUGAGGCUAGUAUAGUUUAAGAUAAAAUUACUGAAAGC